AGAGGGAGUGAGAGAGAGAGAGAGAGAAGAGGAGACAAAGGUAAAGUGAAGAUAAAGGAAUCGUAGAGAGUAGACAGCCCCAUUUGAUGCAUCUCUUUCUCUUCCUUUGUUGCUCUUUUAUUGUUUUGGCUUUAUUAUUACUCUCUUCUUCCUUCUUCCUUUUUCAAAAUACCACCCCCAACAAUGUCUCUUUGUUUUUAGAUAGUAUCAUCAUAGUUUAUGUUAAAAAGCUUGUUCCUUUGAUUCUUUAAACACCAUUAUUACAACUUCAAUCAUUCACUUCUACUACACAGCUGUGUUUGAUUUUGAUCCUUUUUACACAUAUUCUUUAGUUUACAGAUUUCUGAUUUCUAGGGUUUCUCUUGUUUCUUUCUUUCCCCAAAUUUCUAUAAUUGACUUGGUUCUUCUCUCUGUUUAGGCCUAUCUUAGAUUGUAGCUUUCUGGGUUCUCUUUAAAUGUGUUAAAGGUGAAAGCUUUAAGCUUUUGUGUCUUCUAUCUCGGGGUUUAUUAGCAAUGGCUGAGAUCAAGAUUGCUAAAGUAGAACCAGGGCAAACGAAGAUUAGGAAUGUUCCUGUAGCUGUUACUCCUGAAGGUUUCUGGUGUUGUCCUUCUCCUGUUGCGUUUCAGAAGACUCUUAAAUCUCACCACUCUCUCAAUAAGCAGAAACCGUCUUCUCCUCCUCCUCCUCAACUCCCUAAACCGGAGAAGAAACCAUCCUCGACCACCAUUAGAUCCGUCAUCGCCUCCGAUGAGAUUCAACAGAAUUCGGCUAAUUCUGAUACCCUUCAUAGUAUUGCUGUUCCGGCGACGGUUCAGGAGAGACCACAGAGGCAAAAGGUUGAGACUUUACCGAGGAAAGUGGCGAUUGAGUUUGGUGAACCAGGAAGUAGUGAUGCUAAAGUCAUUUUGGUUGGGAAGCAAGGUUUUUGUGUGAAGCUGAGUGUUCAUAAGAAAGUUUUGGUUGAUCAUAGUAGUUUCUUUGCUAAGAAACUAGCUGAGAAAAAUUCGGUUUUUGCUUGUCUUGAGAUUGAGAGCUGUGAAGAUGCUGAGAUUUACGUUGAGACCAUUGGGCUUAUGUAUUGUAAAGAUAUGAAGCAACGGCUGAUGAAACAGAAUGUAAGCAGAGUCCUUCGUGUCCUCAAGGUCGCAGAACUUCUUGGUUUCAGUACAUGUAUUCAAUCUUGUUUAGAUUACUUAGAAGCUGUGCCGUGGGUUGGGGAAGAAGAAGAGGAGAAAGUUAUCUCAUCUAUUCUUAGAUUAAAAACUGAAGGAGUUGGCGUCACGCCUGUGCUGAAAAGAGUUGCUUCUAAUGCUGUGGAUCCACCAAAAGAAACACUCUCGCGCAUCAUUGAGCUUGUUUUAAGAAGCAAAGAGGAAAAAAGUCGACGUGAGAUGAAAUCUAUUGUCCUGAAGCUUCUCAGAGAACAGAAUGGGGCCAAUGUAGCUGAUAACUUCAACGAAACAAUCUAUUCAUCUUGCCAAAACUGCUUAGACUCGGUUUUGUCUCUGUUUAGACAAGCUUGUGAGGGAGAAAAACCUGAGACUGAUACCAAACAGAUAGCGGUAGAAGCGGAUAACCUCACGUGGCUGCUUGAUGUAUUAGCGGAAAGACAAGCUGCAGAGGAAUUCUCAAUCACAUGGGCAAACCAAAAGGAGCUCGCCUUGUUACACGAGAAGCUUCCUUUAAUGUCUCGUUACCACAUAAGCCGUGUAACAUCUAGGCUCUUCAUAGGGAUUGGGAGAGGAGAAUUGUUGCCUUCAAAAGACACUCGUCUUUUGCUGUUGACCACAUGGUUGCAACCGUUGUUCAAUGACUAUAACUGGCUUCAACAUGGUUGCAGAUCGUUUGAUGGUAAACUAGUGGAGGAAGGAAUAGGUCGAACGAUACUGACAUUGCCGUUGGAAGAUCAGCAAAGCAUCUUGCUUUCGUGGCUCGGGAGUUUUCUAAACGGAGGAGAUGGAUGUCCAAAUCUUCAGAGAGCUUUCGAGGUUUGGUGGAGACGGUCUUUCAUUAGACCGUACUCAGAUCGUCAAGCUAAUGGUUCAUGUCAUACAGACUCAACUUCAAAAGAGUGACUAUAAAAAAAGCUGAGUAAUCUCUUUGUUAGAUUGUACAGUGCAUAAUGUAGCUAUGGAAUGUGUUGGUUUUUGCUGAUCUUGAUUUCCAGUUUGGUUUUGCUUGGUUUCGAUCUUACCAUGGAGAGGCAAUGUGUUUCAGGCUUUUAGUGGUCGAUCUUGUUUCUUGAUGUUUUGUAAUUUCUUCAGUUUUCAUAAUGACGGAUGUAUAUUUCUGAUUCGAAUUGUAUACCAUAUAUAUAAAUGCUUUUUUGGUUUGAAGUUUGAACUA